GGCGCGGAGCUCAACAUCAUCAGUCGCAAUAACGGUUUAAUCAUUCCUCACCGUGGACGACUGACACCAACCUCAGCAUCUUAAACGCUUUAAUAGAGACAAGAAAAGAAACACGCAUUAAGAAAACGACACUUUUCCUGUGGUGCUGGUGAUUUUUGGUGGAUUUUAAGUGUGUAGCGGUGAAGUCCACCCGGCGGCUCAACACCUUCCGUCAAACUUCACCGGACCAUGAAGUACAGCUACUGGAAUCUUUGAAUUGAGCGGAGGAAGUCGAGAGAAGAAAGCCUGGUUUGAAGAAAAAGCGAGCCAAAACAGAGGGACAAAAGAAGAAAGUUCAUUAGAGAAAGAGAGAAACGAAAAGACGGGGACAAUGGGGAGGAAAAAGAUUCAGAUCACACGGAUUAUGGAUGAACGUAACAGACAGGUGACGUUUACAAAGAGAAAGUUUGGCCUUAUGAAGAAAGCCUAUGAGCUGAGCGUGUUGUGUGACUGUGAGAUUGCCCUCAUCAUCUUCAACAGUACUAACAAGCUGUUCCAGUAUGCCAGCACAGAUAUGGACAAAGUGUUGCUCAAAUACACUGAGUACAAUGAGCCACAUGAGAGCAGGACCAACUCUGACAUUGUUGAGACCCUGAGAAAGAAGGGUCUAAAUGGCUGUGACAGCCCAGACCCCGACGCAGACGACUCGGUGGGCCACAGCCCAGAGUCAGAGGACAAGUACCGUAAAAUCAACGAUGACAUUGAUCUGCACAUGAUCAGCAGACAGAGGAUAUGUGCAUUGAGCAAGAAGGAGAACAAAGGUGGCGAGAGCCUGGAGCUCGAGUCUGCUCUCGCUCUCACUCCGUGCACGGAGGAGAAAUACAAACAGAUUAACGAAGAGUUUGAUCUAAUGAUCAAGACUCAGAAGAUCCCUGCUGUGCCCUCUUCCACCUACGAGAUGCCCAUCCCCGUGAAUAACCAGAUAUACCCAGGCAAUCAUAACCUGCUUCCACUGGCCCACCACGGCCUGCAGAGAAACAGCAUGUCACCCGGGGUCACACACAGACCACCUAGUGCAGGUGGUCUGAUGGGCACUGAUCUCUCCACUGGCGCGGGCACCAGUGCUGGAAAUGGCUAUGGAAACCAUCGUAACUCUCCAGGACUUCUGGUGUCCUCCGGAGGCAUGAACAAAAGCAUGCAGGCCAAGUCCCCUCCACCAGUGAACCUGGGGAUGAACAGCCGUAAACCUGACCUACGAGUUCUCAUCCCACCCGGGGCCAAGAACAACAUGCCCUCUAUUAAUCAGAGAAUAAACAACUCUCAGUCCGCGCAGUCACUGGCGACCCCCGUGGUUUCUGUAGCGACACCUACUCUACCGGGACAGGGAAUGGGUGGCUACCCAUCAGCCAUUUCCACCUCAUAUGGUACUGAAUAUUCUCUGAGCAGUGCGGAUCUCUCCUCGAUAUCUGGCUUCAACAGUGCCAACACUCUGCAUCUGGGUUCAAUGAGUGGAUGGCAGCAGCAUCAGAUCCAGAACAUGCAGCACUCUGCUCUCAGUCAGCUGGGAAAUUGCUCUAGCACUCACUUAUGUCAGGGUUCAAAUCUCUCCCUGCCCUCUACUCAAAGCCUGCACAUCAAGUCCGAACCUGUUUCUCCUCCUAGAGAUCGAUCCAGCAGCACCACGCCCGCCGGCUAUGGCCCGCCACUGUCCCACCAGCAGCACCAGGGCCUGCCCCCACAGGGGCGACAGGACUCGGGCCGCUCCCCGGCCGACAGCCUCAGCAGCUGCGGCAGCUCACAUGAAGGCAGCGACCGCGACGACCACCGUCCCGACUUCCAUACGCCAUUAGGAUUGGGCCGGCCCGGUCUGGAUGAGCAAGACAGCCCAUCCAUCAAGCGUGUCCGCCUCUCGGAGGGGUGGGCCACAUGAUAAGCCAUGCCUCCCUUGGACUGCCCCAUCCUCGAUCUUGACCUCCCCAUGCGAAGCAGCUCACACGCUAAUCAUUGCUCUUAUCCUCUGAUUUGCUGUAGAGAGGGGAGGAAGUGCUCUCGAAAUUACCUGUAUUUUUAUUAUUAUUAUUAUUAUUAUUAUUUCAACAGAUUUUGUCUAAUAUACAUAUUGUUGUGAUUGAUGGGUUUUCAGGGAGGGAAGCGGCAAGGAGGACUGAUACACCAGGGUUGGGGAGGGUUUAGUGGGUGGGGUUACUAUGCAUAAUAUGUGCAGUGUGUGGAAAACAAUGUAAAGAAUUACCAUAUAUGCAUAUAUAUUUACACGUUGUGUAGGUGUACAUGUAUGCAGAGUAACAAACCAACAAAAUGUGUCAGGUACUCUCGGAUCUUCUUCUUUUUUUUUUUUUUUUUUUUUGCAAAGUACAUGCCUCAGUGAUGUUCAGCCACAAGAGGAGCACAGCAGAGAGCGUAUCGCGGAGGUGACAGCUUAGCACUUGAGUCGUUGUACCUGUACAAUAUGUACAGAUUCCUUUUUUGGUGCCACUCUCUUCAGGAGGGCCUCUUCGCUAAAUGUAUGUUAUGGGUGACAAUGUCAUGUUGCAGGUUCAACGUAUUGUACAUAGAGAAAAGGCUGGGACACGGGGGAAGGGUCAAGGUUGCUGAUUUCACACAAACAUAACUGUUAUGCAAGAAUUUCGAAGGAUUGUGCAGAUAUAUGUGCAGGUUCUUUGGUUAAGUUAUGGGGGAGUGGGUAUUUCAGAAAAAAAUAUAAACAAAAAACUCUCCUGCUGAUGAAAGAAAAUAGUAGGACAGGGAUGAAGGACUUUAAAUUAAGAGCCAUGUUACUUCAGUCUGAUGACAUUUUAACCUAGGAUUUGCAGUUGUUGUUCAGUAUUAAAAUAAGAAAAAGAGAAAAAAAAAGUAUGAUACACUUGCUUAUAUUUUCAUAUCAAAAAGGAAUACAAUGCAAAGCAUUUUUGUGGCUUUUUGUAGUUUAUAAGAGCCAGAAUGUGUUUUGAUAGCUUUGCUUAUAUGAGAAAUGAAAAAGGAUGAGAAACCUUGGGCUUUUCAAACCGUAAGCCACGAAAACUAAGACAGUGAACCCUUGCUUUGCUCAGUGUUUUUCUCUCUCUCUCUCUUUCUUUGUAGAAGUUUUGUUUUUAAAUGUGUAUUUCUAAGUAUAUUGAAUAUCAAUAUUAAGAAUCUUUUUUUU